CGCCACCAUGAUGAACCUAGUGCUUAUGUCUUUCUUAGUAGCAGGCUUAGCUUCUGCUUGUCUUCAUCAUGAAUUCAAACCAUCACUAGCAGUUCUCUUUUGCUUCUCUGCAUUAUUCCUCCUAACCCUGGCCAUUUUUCAUCACUUGAAGAGACAACCAAGUAAAGUAUACUUAGUAGACUUUGCUUGCUACAAACCAGACGAUUCUUGUGCUAUCACCAAGAAUAUGCUAGUGGAAGCAAUAAAGAGGGUUGGAGUUUUCUCAGAGGAGAAUGUGAAACAAAUGGAGAAAUUUAUAGACAAGUCUGGUUUGGGACCUCAGACAUACCUCCCUCAAGCUCUAAUGGAGAACCCACCAAAAUUAUGUCUGGUUGAGGCAUGGAAGGAGACAGAGACUCUGCUCUUUGGAGCUAUUGAUGAACUUCUGGAGAAAACAUGGGUCCAGUCAAAUGAGAUAGGAAUCCUUGUUGUGAAUAGUAGUACGUUUUGCCCCACACCAUCUCUCUGUGACAUGAUUGUGAAUCGAUAUAAACUCAGACACAACGUCUUAUGCUACGAUCUUAGCGGCAUGGGGUGCAGCGCUGGAGUUCUUGCUAUUGACUUUGCCAAACGCCUCCUCCAGUCACACCCCAACUCCUACGCCAUGGUGCUGAGCACUGAAAUUGUAAACACAGGGGCGUACUUGGGCAACAACCUUCCAAUGCUUGUCGUCAAUUGUCUCUUUCGCAUGGGGUGUUCUGCAUCUCUUCUAUCCAACCAUCCUUCAGAUCGUCAUCGUUCAAAGUACCAAAUCACUCACGCACUUCGCACCCACAUGGCUUCCGAUGAACGAAGUUACAGCUGUGUGUUUCAACAAGACGAUGAUCAGAAAAUAAUUGGUAUCUUCAUCUCAAAGGACCUCAUGAAUGUUGCAGGUCACGUCCUCAAGUCUCACAUCACAUCUCUCGCCUCACUGGUCCUUCCCGUCUCAGAAAAACUCAAGUUUCUUGUGAAUUUUGUGGGAAGGAAGGUCUUUAAAAUGAAGAUUGAAGCUUAUGUUCCGAACUUCAAGUUGGCUUUUGAGCACUUUUGUAUUCACACCGGAGCAAGGCCAGUGUUGGAUACAAUGCAGAAGCGACUUGAGCUUCAAGACUGGGACAUGGAACCUUCGAGAAUGACACUUUAUAGGUUUGGGAACACAUCUUCAAGUUCAGUGUGGUAUGAAUUGGCUUAUUGUGAAGCCAAAGGAAGAAUUAAGAAAGGUGACAGGAUCUGGCAAUUGGCAUUUGGGUCCGGGUUCAAGUGUAACAGUGUAGUAUGGGUUGCACUGGACAAUGUAGAUGCAAGUUCAUUGAAUAAUCCAUGGAGGGAUGAAAUUCAUGAAUUAUCUGCUAAUAAUGUCGAUUCAUUGAAGAAUCCAUGGAGGGAUGAUUUUCCUGAAUUCCCUGUUAAUGUUUCUCCUGAAAACUAGCUCUUAUACGUGUUGAGUUGCUGCUAAGAUGAAUUAAGUGAGUGCCUAUUUCAGGACAAGCUGAAUUUUAAUUUGAUCUUUCAUAUAUGGGUCAUUUAUUAGUUUAAUCCCUUGUUUAAAUGCUGAACCAUAGUUAAUGGUGUUUGCUUAAAACCCUUUGUAAUAUCAAGUUGGUUAGAAAAGAAUAUUAGUGUAUCUCUGAUGCA